AUGGAAGUUCGGAGGAGGAGGAUCCGGAUCUCCUUCUCCGAUCCUGAUGCAACCGAUUCAGACUCCGGCGAGGAUGCGAGUUCCGCUUCCUGUGGCCGCAAGACAAAGAUUGUAAUCUUGCAUUGCAGUAGCAGCAGCAGCGCCAGGAAGAACCCUGGUGGCUGUGGUUCGCAACAAAGGCAAGCAAUCCGAUCGUCGUCGGCGAGCUGCCGGGAGCGCGCCGUCGUCAGUUCGGCCCCCGUGAUGAAGCGGUGCCGCGGCGUGUACGAGCGGCAGCCUGGUCGGUGGGCAGCGGAGUUUCGGAGCCACAGACACAAGGCCCGGCAUUGGAUCGGCACGUUCGCCACCGAGGAGGAGGCCAAGGCCGCGUACGACGAUUUCGAGAAACAGUUUGUCCCGUUGCGGCGGUGUGGCCUGCCGCUGCCGCUGCCGGCGUUGGAGCCGCGGCCAUGGCCGCGCUGCUGGCCUUCACAGAGAGCAUCACAUCCACAUCGACAACGACAUCCACAUCCACCGCCUGAUACUGAGAAGCGACAGAUUGUACAGGCUUUGGCGGCGACUGGGAUAACGCUGCCGCCGUUGCCGUCCGCGCCUGCGCCUGCGAGUGCGCCAUGCGUCUCGUCCUCCACGUCGGCGUCGCCGCCGCCGCCGCCGCGGCUGGUGCCAGCGCCACCGACAGGGUUCGAGAAUGCGGAACCGCAUACUGAUGAUGCGCUGCCGAGUGUUCAUUCGUUCUGGGCGGACGAGCCCGCCGACGAUGAUCUUGUAGGGUUAGCUGAUCUUGGACACCUGCCAUUGCCGUUCUCGGAUGGAAGCAUGGACUUUGAUCCUGCUGAUUUGUCGCUGUUUGAUGGUUUCUUGUGA